AUGGCGCAGUSGGGCCGGGUGUUUACAGGAAACGCCUGCGAGCGCAGUAAGGCGGCUGCAGAAGAUGUCAAUGUCACCUUUGAAGAUCAACAGAAAAUUAACAAGUUUGCAAGAAACACCAGCAGGAUCACUGAGCUGAAAGAAGAAAUAGAAGUGAAGAAGAAGCAGCUGCAGAAUCUGGAAGAUGCCUGUGAUGACAUCAUGAUGCUGGAUGAUGCUGAUUCCCUGCUGAUUCCCUACCAGAUUGGGGAUGUCUUCAUCAGUCACUCCCUGGAGGAGACACAGGAGAUGCUGGAGGAGGCCAAGAGGAGUUUACAAGAGGAAAUCGAAGCGUUGGAAUCCCGAGUGGAGUCAAUCCAGAGGGUGUUGUCUGACCUCAAAGUUCAGCUCUAUGCAAAGUUUGGAAAUAACAUCAAUCUGGAGGCUGAGGACAGUUAAAGCUUUUCUAAACACAACACACAACUUCUCCAUUGGUUAUAAAAUGUUUURUUAACAGUAUUGCAAUUACAUCUGAGAAAAGAAAAUCCAUCCCUUUCUC